AUGCAUCCCCUCAAUCUCCUUCUCGUGACCUUUCUCUCCACAGCAGCCCUCUCUUCCGCAGCAGCAAUCCCUCAACCUACAACCCCAGCACCAAUCCUACCAAUCCGUACAAACCAGGACAAUAAUACCACCCAACUGCCUUACGGAGUAGUCCUAAACCACUGCACAGUCACAAACACAAUCGCAAUCGCCUUCGACGACGGACCCUACAUCUACACAGAGCACGUCCUCGACAUCCUCGCCAACGCCAGCGUCCACGCAACAUUCUUCUUCAACGGCGACUGGAAGGGAAAUAUCUACGAGUUAACCCAUAUCGUCAAGCGCACAUUUGCAGAGGGCCAUCAAAUUGGUUCCCACUCAUGGAGCCAUCUAAACCUAACAACGAUCCCUUACAACAAAAUCCACUCCGAAAUGACCACCCUCGAAUCCGCCUUCCACCGCAUCCUCGGCUUGGUACCCACAUACACGCGCACGCCCUGGCUGCACGUCAACGAGCUGGUCCUUUCUGCAAUGACGGACCUGCGAUACCACGUUGUCGGGGCGAGUAUUCUCACAGACGAUAAAACGAAUGAUUCACCGAGUGGGAGGGCGCGCAGUUUGCAGUUGUUUAGGGAGGGGUUGGAGGGUGGUGGGAGUAUUGUGCUUGCGCAUGAUUCGCAGGAGAAUACGGCGUGGGGGUUGGUGGGGGAUAUGAUUGGGGAGGUGCAGAGGAGGGGGUUGAAGGCUGUUACUGUUGGCGAGUGUUUGGGGCAUUCGUCGGAGCUUUGGUAUAGAUCGGGGUAG